UAAACCUGACCCGACAUGCCCGAUCUACUAGAGUCCUACCAGAAAAGAAAAACACGUCCCGGUUACCAAUAUUGUUGCGUCCAGCUUUCGCCAUUAAAGCUGAACACACACACAGCUGGAAAAUUCGACAGAUCUUUGAUCGAAGAAGAAGAGAAAAUGCUGCCCACCGUAUCGAGAGGUCGUACGCACUCUCACGUUCGACCCAGUCCCGUCUUUCCUCAGUACCUCAGAAGAAUGGUCAAGUGGCAACACAUGGAUAUUGAAUAUACUUUCUGGCAAAUGCUCCAUCUAUGCACCUCACCUAAAGUUGUCUAUCAGCACACAAAAUACCACAAGCAAACUAAGAAUCAAUGGGCACGUGAUGAUCCAGCCUUUGUUGUAAUCUGCAGUCUUCUGUUAGCCAUUUCUACUAUGGCUUAUUGUGCUGCGUAUGAUCAUAGUGCAGCACAUGCUGUCUUCGUACUCAUUUCAGUAUUGCUCUUUCAUUUUUUAAUAACUGGAGCAAUUCUAGCUACAUGUUGUUGGUUCUUGACAAAUACUCAUCUUCGAGAGGAAGCACCAAACAGUCAUGUUGUGGAGCAAAGGGUUGAAUGGUUAUAUGCUUUUGAUGUGCACUGCAACUCUUUCUUCCCAGUGUUUGUUAUGCUUUACGUGAUACAUUAUUUCCUAUCACCUCUUUUGGUAGCUCAUGGUUUCAUUCCAGUUUUGCUGUCAAAUUUGCUUUUUAUGGCAACCGCUUCAUACUAUCAUUACCUGAACUUUUUAGGUUAUGAUGUACUGCCCUUUUUAGAAAGAACCACUUUUUUCCUGUAUCCAAUUGGCAUGGUCAUCAUCCUUUCACCUAUAUUGAUUCUAAGUGGCUUCAAUCCUUCAAGAUACUUCAUGAACAUAUACUUCAGCCAACGGUUAUGAUUCACCGUGGCCACACUUGGACGAUACAUAUAGUGAAAUGAGGUGGAAUAGUUCAGAUGAUUUGUUAACAUAAGAAGGGGCUAGAGGAUGCAUGAUUGAUUAUCUUAUACGAUAGGAAGGUAGAUCGCCACAUGGAAAAAGCUUCUGACUGACUUCUGUUGUUCUUCUUCAUAGGACUCGUACCAAUGCAAAUGAAAAUUGUAAUCAAGUCGGGGCUAAAAGUUCUCUUUCGGUGGCCAAGCAAAUCAGUCAACGAAUCUGAAUGUAAUGAUUUUUGCCCCCUAUUUGCAAUUUUGAAUUUUCCUUGUGUGUCCUUGUUCAUUUCUUAAAAAUAAAAAACUGAUUGCCCCAAUCGAAAAUACUGCACUUAUGUGUCUGUAUAUCUCGGAAUUACAUGCAACUGCCUAAUUUCUGCGUACGUGUGCGCAUGAACUUUUCCCAUGUCGUGCUUAGGUUGGCUCUGAAUCAGUUUUGUUACAGGAGGGUAGUUUAUGUGGAGGAAUAGGAAUUCUAUUGCAAGUUUAUCCUCCUCGAAUCUGUAGCUGUGGAAGCCAAAAAGUCCUUUUAACUUUCUGUAUGUAUGCUAGUAAAACUGUAGAAUAGUCAUAUAUAUUAAGAUGACUAGUUAUUUGAUACAUGAAGUAACGUGGACAUGGAAAUAUGCUGCUUUUAGUGAUUGUGCUGAAACCCUAGACGAAUUGCGUUGUAGGGGAACUCUAAAACAUUGGUGUGAUGGGGAUCGUUUUAAUUUGAGAAUAUGUGAAAUGUUCUAAUAAUGGUUCAUUUUGUUUUUCAUUCA